CUACUCAUUGGUUUUUAUGUCGAUCCCAGAAACCCUGUUCUCCUUGAUCAGAACGACCCUCGUUUCAUCGGAAACUGGUGGAGUGGAUUCCUCCUUUGUGCCAUUGCCAUGUUUCUUGUGAUAUUCCCAAUGUUUACUUUUCCAAAAAAGCUUCCGCCUCGACACAAGAAAAAGAAAAAGAAAAAAUUUUCUGCUGAUGUCGUUAGUGAUGAUGAUGUCAUCAAGGAGAAAUCAAACACGAGUGAACAAGUGAACAAAAAAGUUUCUUCAAUGGGCUUUGGAAAGAAUGUCAGAGACCUACCAAGAGCAGCUGUCAGGAUCUUAAGCAACAUGACAUUCCUUUUUGUGAGUUUGUCAUACACAGCUGAGAGUGCCAUUGUCACUGCUUUCAUUACCUUCAUCCCCAAGUUCAUCGAGUCACAGUUUGGUAUCCCAGCUUCCAAUGCCAGCAUCUACACUGGUGUCAUCAUUGUCCCCAGUGCUGGCGUUGGCAUUGUCUUGGGAGGCUACAUUAUAAAAAAAUUGAAGCUUGGUGCAAGAGAAUCUGCAAAACUAGCAAUGAUCUGCAGCGGGGUGUCUUUGCUGUGCUUCUCAACCCUGUUUAUUGUCGGAUGUGAAAGCAUCAACCUAGGGGGCAUAAACAUCCCUUAUACAACAGGGAAUCUGACAGGGAGCUGCAAUGUUAAUUGUGGUUGUAAAAUACACGAAUAUGAGCCAGUCUGUGGAUCGGAUGGAAUCACAUACUUCAACCCAUGCCUGGCUGGCUGUGUUAAUAGUGGCAAUCUCAGCACUGGGGUUCGGAAUUAUACAGAGUGUGCCUGUGUCCAAAGCCGACAAGUGAUCACCCCGCCCACAGUGGGACAGCGCAGCCAGCUCCGUGUAGUCAUUGUGAAAACCUAUCUCAAUGAGAAUGGCUAUGCUAUAUCUGGGAAGUGUAAACGUACCUGCAAUACCCUCAUCCCCUUCUUGGUCUUCCUUUUCAUAGUUACCUUCAUCACAGCCUGUGCCCAACCAUCAGCCAUUAUAGUGACACUCAGGUCCGUGGAAGACGAGGAAAGACCCUUCGCACUGGGAAUGCAGUUUGUUUUGUUGCGAACACUUGCAUACAUUCCUACUCCAAUUUACUUUGGAGCUGUGAUUGACACCACCUGUAUGCUCUGGCAGCAAGAAUGUGGAGUGCAGGGAUCUUGCUGGGAGUACAACGUGACGUCCUUUCGUUUCGUCUACUUCGGUUUGGCGGCUGGCCUCAAAUUUGUUGGCUUUAUUUUUAUUUUCCUGGCCUGGUACUCUAUCAAAUACAAAGAGAAUGAACUUCAGAGGCGGAGGUGCAGAGAAUUCCCACUGAGCACUGUGAGUGAACUAGUGGGCCAGCCCAACAAAGCUGAGAAAUAUGCAGGGACUACAUCAUGCCCAGCCUUCAGCACCCAAGGGGAAUUCCAUGAAGAAACUGGUCGGCAAAAAGGAUUCUCAGGCACCACACAGACUUAUCCUGGGCCUUUCUCAGAAGCAAUAAGUUCCUCUGCAGACCCUGGGCUGGACGAGAGCCCCAAUGCUGCUCUGUAGUGUCCCUGCUGAAGCCUGGAAAAGGAAGACAUGUUUUGUUGGUUGAGUCGAAUAUGGCAAGUUGAGAAACACCUGUGCCUUCUAUGUUCCUUUUUUAAACCUCCACAGACACAAUCCUCAAACCAACAAAACUCACUAUACACAGCCACUAUUGAUUGAGGGCUGGAUACCUCAACAAGACCGAAAGCCUUCCCCCUCUUUUGUUCAGGGAGGAGCUUAGAUACAUCUCUUACCAUUUCUGCUGGGUUCAUUUAAUGCUCAUGCACCUGUUUGGUAGAAGCCUGAGGUCCAUGGUUAACCAUGGGAAAGGCUAUGACUACACAU